CUAUUUUCUUCAUUAUCUCCCUCACUCCGCUGGGGAGAGGGUCGGACAUUUCUUCCGCCCCUUCUUUCCUAGCUACACCCGUUAGGGGCAGAUACAGCAGAGAGGACAGAUACAGGCUCCACAUUGCCCGCUCAGCACUGACCCUCCUACCUGCUGUCUGCUGUGGCUAGGCGGGCGCUAGGCAGGGGGGGCAGCUCCCCCACCCCACCCUUGGGCAGGAGAUUCCUCUCCCCACACACCUGCACACACUUCCUCCCUGCCCUCCCGCCCAUCCCCGCCCUGCAUGCUUUCUCCCAGUAGCUUGGAAAAGACUACAAGGCGGCGGACUGCGUCUGUCCCGCCUAGCCGAGGCAGUUCUCCGCUGCCCUCCUCCCCUGGGCGCGGAAGGCGGCGGCAGGCUUGUCUUCUUGACUUUUCUCUUGGCGCCUCAGGAAGGCGGCGGCCAGCCGGAGCAGUGCUAGGCUUCUCAGGCGGCAGCCAGAGGGGGAAAGAGCGGGAAGGCUGACCAAAGACGAGUCGGAGGGGCAGAGGAGCAGCAGCAGCAGGAAGAGGAAAAGAGAAUGGCGGACAACGACCCUCAGAGUGCCAGGGAGCUCUCUCAGUUUGCAGAAAAUCUACUACAGCAGUUGCAUGAAAACUUUCUAGCAUUGACUGAGAAACUAACUCUAAGAAUGGAAGAAAUGGGUGAGCGCAUUGAAGAUCUUGAGAAGCAUGUUACUGGACUAAUGGCACAAGCUGGGAUAGAAAACCCUAGUGAAGAACUAACGCACUAA